AUGGCUAAAGAGGUCGCCUUCCGGGACACCCCCCGGCCCCCCGACAUUGACCUCAGGAAGUACAAGCAGCGUGACCUGUCACAGACCCUCUUCUUCAAGGUGGCUUGCAGGACCUUUGGACCACCGAAGUCGCGGAUCCGCCGCAUUGUUGCCCCUCCCAUGCAGAAAGUGGAGUUCGAUGCAGAAAGUGGAGUGAAUCUUACAGGGAAGUCAUCUGCAGGUUCCGGAGUCACCGAGACCCCGCGGGAGGAUCAGAUGCCGGGGACCGAGGGGGCCGAACAGAACGUUUCCGACUGGAUAUCCGAAAGAAAGAAACUGAGGGCGCAACUGGACAGUAUGGGGGACCUGGAGAGAUGGCUGCAGGGAAAACCCGACCUGACCGCACUGGAGACGCGGGUGCGAGAUAAAAUGGCAGAGAGGCGUUCGAAAAGUCAGAUGUCCCAGCAGACCAAUCAGGACACAGCGGGUUCUGUGGUGCAGCGCAACGUUCCGAGGAGCUCCCGGCACAGCGCGGUCGCGCCUUCCAUCCAGCAGCCCGACCCGGAAGCUCUGGCCAUCCUGGACCGAUACCUGCAUCAGCACCGCCUUCGUCUUGUCGACCUUUACAACCAAACGGACAAGAGGAAGAGGAAGGAGAUCUCCAGCAAGGACCUGAAGUCCGUCCGGAAAGAGGCCGACAUCCCGCUCAGUGAUUUGCAGUUCGAUGGUCUCGUCAUCUCGCUGGGAAGCAAAAACCCGAAUCAUAUGAACUACAAGGAGCUCAGCGUGGGCCGGCACCUCUGGUGGAAGAGGAACAUGGAGGAGCAGAGGAAGGGGGAGUCUGUCUGUCCGAAGACGGGAGCCUCCGUGCAGUUUUUCCGGCCUCCCAGUGAUCAGAGAAGUGACUCCGGUGACACGAAACCCUCCUCGCCUCUCUCCGUCUCUCUGCGCAGCGGAGGAGACACCAAGUCGAGGUCUCAGCCGGGCCGCAGUGAUCAGAGCGAGGCCGGUAAACCGCAGUUCCUUCAGGUGCCUCCCGUCAGUCUGGAGGAAAAGAGGCCGCUCAGCUACAAGGACAUGGAGGAGAUCGGGAAGAAUUAUCGGGAGAGGAAGAGAAGGGCCAAGAGCAACACCCGACUCUUGGACUGGCUGGAUCAGUGCCGUUCAGUGCGAACGGGCAACGCCCGUGUUGACGCCCAUUGCCUGCCCUCUACGCUGGGGGAGGAGUCAGCGGACUUGGUGGAGCGAUUCAGGAGGCAAGGUCUGCAGCAAUACCAUAGGAUCCUAAAACUGUGCCGGGCCCACGACGUUCCCCUGACGGAGGAGCUGCUGGAAAAAGCCUUACUAUAUCCUGGAGACAAGCUGAUUCGUGAAUCGGGAGAUCAGCUUCCCCUCCGACAGCCGGGCGUAGGGCUUUCAUCCAAAGACAGAUUCGUGAAGAAGAUCUCUGCAACACAGGAACCCGAAGGAAGACACGGCGUGGACGAGGAUCCAGACAGAUCUCCCGGACUCUGCAGCGGCCCGUACCCUCCCCACACCUACGUGGCCUGGGUGAGAACCAAAGUGAGGGGGAAGAAGAGAUCCGGGACAGAGACUCUGAGGUGCUGGACCACAUUCGAGCAGUUCCAGGAGAUGAGCGGGAACCUGAAGCGGAGAUUCCCCCAUUGCUUCUUCACCUCUGACGACAAUGUGCAGCUAAUGCGAUGGCGCUAUAACCCUCCCCGGAAGUCGUCAGAAUCUUCUUUAUCUGGCCUAUCCGCUCAAGCUCUCUCUCUUCCUCGGGCUGUCUGCGAAGGAGGCAGACGCACCGAACCGGUGAGUGAAUCUUCUUCCAUCCACAGGUUAUCGUCCGCUAUACAGGCUGUUAGUGACACCGGCCUGUCGGGGGGUCUUCAGAAGACGACUGCGAGACGGUAUUUGUGGGAAAACCGGGCUGGCGGCUCAGAUACCGAAUGUGUUAUGUCACCUCUUGUUGUUGGGUUUAGGCCGGGAAAAAAAGUAUGGCGGCCGGUGCGGGACACGGGUCUGCGUUUCUCUACGCACACAGCGCUGGAGGGACCCUGGGGGUAG